AGCCGGGAGAGUGGCAGUGAGGCAGCGGUGCGGAGGGGUGCUGCUGCUCUGUGGAAAGCAGCAAUGUCGGAGCAGGUCGGUAGAGCGCUACAGACGGUGGUAGAGAGGGUACAGCAAGCGGCGGGUCGCCGGCCUCAGACCCUGCCCGCGAUCCAGCCACGCCUCGUAGCCGUUAGCAAAACCAAACCGGCAGAGAUGGUGCUGGAGGCCUACAAGCAGGGCCAGCUCAACUUCGGAGAGAAUUAUGUGCAGGAGCUGCUGGAGAAGGCUUCAGACCCCAAGAUCCUUGCCUCCUGCCCGGAGAUAAAGUGGCACUUCAUUGGACACCUGCAGAAGAACAACAUCAACAAGCUGAUGGGCGUCCCCAGUCUGUUCAUGGUGGAGACGGUGGACUCGGUGAAGCUGGCUGACCGGCUGAACAGCUCCUGGCAAAAGCUGCGGCCGAACACACAGCGACUAAAGAUCAUGGUUCAAAUCAACACGAGUGGAGAGGACAGUAAGCACGGUCUGCCCCCUGGUGACACUGUGGCAGCGGUGCAGCACAUUGUGUCUCGAUGCACCGCCCUUGAGUUCGUGGGCCUCAUGACGAUUGGACGGUACGGCUAUGACAUCAGCGAGGGGCCCAACCCUGACUUCCAGAUGCUCCUCUCUCGACGGAAGGAGGUGUGUGAGACGCUAAAGAUGGCGUACGAGCAGGUGGAGCUGAGCAUGGGCAUGUCGACGGACUUCGAACACGCGAUCGAGGUUGGCUCCACUAAUGUGCGGGUCGGUAGCACCAUUUUCGGGGAACGGUUUUACCCCGACACGCCCAGCCCUGAGAAGAGGUCAAAUGUUGUGGCCGAAGAGGCAGCACCGAAGCUGGACGGGCUGACAGUGACGGGUCAGUGAGGGGGACCCCAAACCCCAAAAACCAACAACAUCCUCCAAUUCAAGAGGCAAAGAGAAACCACGCCCCUCCAACAAGAGACACCCCGAAGAACCUGGAUUGGUACUUCCCUGCAGUGUUGCUUGCGUGAAAUCGGCCAGUUCUAUUGUUCUAAACUGGGGGUGGGGGAGAAGAGCGAAAGUCUCAGUACCACAGUUUAAGUAAUUGAAGUCUAUUUUUGUCUUUUAAUAGUCUCUAAAAAAAACUCCAGAGAGGCUCCUGCUUUCUUGGUUUAAACUGGAGCCUCUGUCCAGACUAAUUAUGAUAGACCUCCCCCACCUCUGUCUUGAGCACUGUUUAGCUGAAAGCUUUUGUGUGUCUGUGUGUGUGUAAGACUGUUCCAGCCCAGGAAUCAGCGAUGGCAUUAAGACUCCCAUUGCACAGCAGUUUGAUUCACUCCAGCUUUUACUAUGAGCUUGUUGCCUGUAUACUGCGGCUGAUCAAGCUUGUAUUAAAACCUGGAAUGGGUGAAACUGCUGUGCAACAGGAAUCUUCCUUCCAUCCCUGAAGAAUGUCUGUGAAUUGAGCUGUGCACUGGUGUAAAUGGUUUCCCAUGUGUAGAGGACUGAUUUAAUGCUUGAUCUUUCUGUAUUAGGAUUUGGUGUGUGUGCAGAGCGAGGAGAUCUCAUUAAAAACCACUCUCCCAAUACGUAUCGCGAUAAGCAGGUCGUGACACACUGUGUCUGUUUGGUGAGCUCAGUGCAGGUUGGCGUUCAUUCCUGUCUUUCAAACCAAUUCCCCUGUAAUCAAUUCCAGCACAGCAUUGAUCACAGCUAGCAAUCACUUCCAACACAGCAUUGAUCACAGCUAGCAAUCAAUUCCAACACAGCA